AUGGUGAGCAGGUACCUCAGGCUUGUUGUUGGUGCGUGCCUGCUGAUAACCGAGAGCCUUAGGGGAGCAGGCAGUGGUGAUAGUGGUGCUGUAUGUGCACAGGCGGGCAGCGUGCGUGCCUGCUGGUUAUUAGGUGCCAUAGACAUAGCGGCCGGGGUCUUCCCUUCCUGCAGUCGACGCCCUCGUCCGCUCAAUCACCUUCUGCCCUGUCAAGCAGAUCUACUCCCCACUCUCCCACAUCUCCACGUCUCUACCUUCCCUCUCCCUGCACUGCACCUCCUGAUUGUCUCUCCUUCCUCCCUCUCCCCCUUUGUGCACGCAUCUUCCCCCCUCCCUCUCCGCCCCUUGUGCACGCAUCUUCCCCCUCCCUCUCUGCCCCUUGUGCACGCAUCUUCCCCCCUCCCUCUCCGCCCCUUGUGCACGCAUCUUCCCCCCUCCCUCUCACCAGCCACGAUGGGUUCUUCCCAGCAGUUGACUCGCUCAUCCGUGCAAUCACAUUCUGCCACGUCUCUUUCCCUUCCUCUCCGCCCCUUUUGCUCCCGUUUCCCUUCUUCUCAACAGUCACCCUCUGUGUCCCCCAUUGCCCCCAUUCCCACCUCUUACUCAACAGCCACGACGAUCUUCCCUCCCUGCAGUCGACGCCCUCGUCCGCUCAAUCACCUUCUGCCCUGUCAAACAGAUCUACUUCCCCUCUCCCACCUCUCCACGUCGCUACCUUCCCCUCUCCCUGCACCUCCUAAUGGUCUCCUUCCCUCCCUCUCCGCCCCUUCUGCACUCAUCUCCCCCCACCCCCUCUCAACAGUCAUGACAGGUUCUUCCCUGCAGUCGACGCCUCGUCCGCGCAAUCACCUUCUGCCCUGUCAAACAGCUCCACUUCCCAGCGCCCCAUUAAUCAUCUGUUCUCGCCCAUAUAUUGUGCCUACUCCCCCUCUCACCAGCCAUGACGGGUUCUUCCCUGCAGUCGACGCCCUCAUCCGCUCAAUCACCUUCUGCCCUGUCAAGCAGAUCUACUUCCCCCUCUCGCUGCACCUCCAAAACGGCUCCUUCCCCAACCGCUCCCCUUAG